AUGACAGUCCUCUCUAGGCACGACCAAGCUCUAUUCGAGACAACGAGACGAGUUCUCGCCGAAGUAGUCAACGAAGGAUUAGUCAAUGCGAAGGUCGAAGUGACUGCUCCAGGAGGGUCACAAACGCUUUGCUUACUGAAUCCCCAAGAUGGUAUCUGGGCUAAGGUCGGGAUCAAACCCGGCACCGUCAUUGAGAUGAAAAAGAACCGCGUAAUUUCUGUCAUCCGACCAGCUAGCUUGCAGCCACCUGUGGUUCUCGGAGAUACUAGACAUCAAGAGCUGGACCCUGGCGCAAUAUUCAGGUUUCUAAGUGCCUCAUUUAAGGAUGUUGCGGAUGAGACGGUACUGGAAACUAUAGCCCAAGAGCUACGCAACUCGGCAAAGAACCAAGAAAAAUGGCUGGAGAUUAGCCAGGAUCAACAAUCGUUGAGUUUGGAGAAUAAAUCUGUGGAAUGGGAACGGGCAUUGAUCUAUGGCCAUCCGAGCCAUCCUUACCACCGGUUGUGCCAGGCUCAAGCACCCCUGAAGCCCGUCAGUCCUGAAGAUAUCCCUGGGAUGCUGAAGCCCACUCUGGCGUUUGUGUCAGUGCCACGCGACAAUCUACGUAUAACGGGUCAGUUUGAGCGAGAAUUGCAACCUCUACUGCAACAGCUAGACAUCCCAGAAACAACUAGGGAUCGAGUGACCGUCCCCUGUCUCGCUCAACAGCUGCCAUCUGUUCACCAGAGAUUCCCAGGGGCUGUCAUUCUGAAACUUGUCACAAACUGCGCUGAUGCUCAGGCAUCUAUGCGGACCCUUACCAUAAGCCCAGAGCUAGAAUUCGACUACCAUCUGAAACUCUCAUUGGCGUGUCAGAUUACCUCCGCUAUACGAACCAUCACGCCUUGGACAACAUGCGGCGGCCCAGUUCAAACGGCACUCUUGGAAAGAUUUCUGCCAGACGACCUGUGGGUUUUCCGAGAGGUAGCAGCUGUCUCAGGCAGCCAAGAAGAUUUCAACGAGGCGCGCCAUCUCUCUUGUAUUCUGCGAGAUAGCUUGGAGAGCAGAGCAGAAGCAAAUGGUGAAGUUCUUAUCAUCGCUGCGGCAUUGGCCCAGCACCCUUAUGGAGACAGCCGUACACAUGUGGAGAUUUUAUACAAUCUGGAAACAAUCGCCCAGAAACAGGAGUGGUUCCGAAAAUAUGUUACAGUCCUAUUUAGCCUCGUGCUCCCUCCAUUGGUUCAGUAUGGAAUCGGACUAGAGGGCCAUGGGCAGAACCUAGUAGCCCGUGUUUGCCGCCAGACGGGCCAGAUCAAAGGAUUCGCUGUCCGCGACUUUGGCGGUGUCAGAAUGCAUGUUCCGACAUUGAAGAACCAUGGCGUGAAAUUCGACUCCUUACCCCCUGGAGGAGCGACCCUGACGGAUAAUCUGGACAAUGUCUGGAGCAAGGUGCAUCACUCACUCCUCCAGAAUCACGUCGGGUUACUCCUUGAAGCAUUGGGAUUGGAGAACCAUGGUGGAUGGGCAAUCACCCUGGAAACAUUAUCGACAAUCUUGGGCGCUGGCCAAGAUUCACCUGGAGCAAAGCUGCAUGAGUUUUUCACCAAGGAUACAAUGCCGUUCAAAUGCUUCCUGAGAAUGAGAAUGGAAAGCAAGUACCGUGAUUACAUCGAGAGAGAGGUACCCAAUACGCUGCUCAUGGACUCUCCGCAGUGGCAGUCCAUACUAGAGACCUAUCAACCCUCACUCCAUGCCACUUAG